AAUUGGGUAAUCGAUGGUUUAGGCAAUCUUGAACAUCAUUAUACUUCUACAUAAAUUCUUACUUUAUCAACUUUUUUUUUUUUUCUCUCUCUAAUUUUGUAAGUAUUUCGAGAGUUCAUGGUGAUACAGACAGCAUCAGAUUCCAAAUAGUUAAUGCAGCCAGCAUCAAGUAGAAAUUUUUGUUAAUGGAGAAUAGUGGUGUCCUUUUCCACUACCUUAGUGUCAUCCAUCCAUUAUAGUAGUUAGAACUUCAUGAAUAAGCUGCCUACUCCUGAUCUCCCUAAAGAAUAUAAUCUUUUUUUCUAGAAAGAUUCUCAGCUGGGGAAGUUUGUCUAUGGAGAGUUUGCCCUUAAUGUGAACCAUACCAUUCUCACCAGAAAACUGGAAUUUUGAAAUGAAUUUUUUUUUGAUGCCCUGGUAGAAUAAAGUCCCACAAUUUAAAAUGGGUGGUUUGUGAUAAGAGGUACUUUCCUGAAUGGAUCAAGGAGCUACAUACAGGAGUGCUAGGUUUUCUUCAUAUGAGAGGCUGGGGGCUAUAGGCUUGGCUCUGCUUGCUGUGGUUUCUCCUCUCUACAUUGAUCGCAGACCCGUGCUUGAUCCUGAACUUGAUGUGCAGCCUAUCAGCCUUGUUUCCUGGCUGCCUCUACUGCUCAUGGUCUUGAUAUUUGCCAUCACUUUGUCUCAGUAUUUGGACCGGCGCUUCUCCAGGUUUGAUCCUUACUGGAUUCACAGGGUUGGAGGUUCGUCUGUUGGGAUUAUUGUUAUUCUCAUGGUUCUUGCAUUGGUUUUGAAGUGUAAAGCUUCUAUAAAUAACCAGGAUGUUUGAAGGAUACCUGGGAGUUCUUUAUCUGGUUGGUUUUUAGUCUUGAAAUAUUUUAUUUUCUGCUUUGCUAGAAAGGAAAAAUAAGUGAAUUCUAGUGCGGUCUCUGUUCCUCAAGGUGAAUGAAUAUGAUCUGAUAAGCCUUUGAGCCCAAAUAAAUCCCCUUCUCCUUACUGAACCA